ACUCUGAAUCUGCUUUCGUUACAAUGGAAAAUCUGAAGUAUCUAAUGAUCAUAUUUCUCAUCAGUGACAUGGGAAAAGCCAUAAAAGCACAAAAUUGUGGCGUUUCUCCACUAAACACUCCAACAGUGGGAGGUAAGAAUGCGUCUGCUGGUAUCUGGCCUUGGCAGGCCGAUCUGUACUAUUUUGGGUAUCGCCUUUGUGGCGGAUCUCUCAUCAGCCACGAGUGGGUGCUCACUGCAGCUCUCUGCGUUUACUACAUACCUGAAAGUUACAUCACUGUCUAUCUGGGUAGAAACAGCCAAAACGCUUCGGACUCUACAGCAAAUGGGGUUAACCUGCGUGCCCAGUCCAUCAUUAUACAUCCAGACUUUGACCCCUUUCAGUUCGUCAAUGACAUCGCCUUGCUGAGACUUGCUGAACCAGUGAACUUCACCAGCUCCAUUAGCCCCAUCUGCCUGGCUGCUAAUGACAGCGUCUUUCACAACGGCACCACCUGCUGGGCAACUGGAUGGGGCUAUAAUCAAGGUGCUCAGCCCAGCUAUGGAGCUCUGCCAGUAGUUAUGGUAAAAGUGGUCGGGAAUAAGGAAUGUGACUGCAGGUAUCAAGACAUCCAACUUUAUUGGGAUAUAACAAUCACAGAGACGACCAUGUGUACUAGUGGAGAGACGGGCUAUGGAGCGUGUUAUGGACAAUUAGGUGAUCCGUUACAGUGUAUGCAGGGUUCUGUGUGGAUCUUAGCUGGUGUCACUAAUUUUGGAUUUUGCGGCACUGGUGUUGCACCUGACAUUUAUUCCAGAGUAUCCAAAUUCCAAAGCUGGAUCCUAAAUAAUGUUAACGAAUCAGACAUCGGAUUUGCGACUUUUAAAUCUGACGGUAAAGAUAAAGACAGCAGCUUUCUGUGCAAUGGAGAAGAUACAGUUUCAGGCCUUUUUUAUCCAUUUGGAAAUGGAGACACAGAGAACCCUUCUAAGGAUCAUGGACUCUCCCCAGUUGUAUUCGAAAAGUCCUUUGUAUAUUUCGGACGUGUUUAUAAACAGACUUAUGUUAAUAACAACGGGUAUUUGACAUUUGACGGGCCUCUUUCAGAGCCGAUACCCAAUGUUAUACUGUCAGAACUCAACAGAGACAUUAUUGCUCCGUUUUGGACAAACAUGGACAACACCGUCAAUGGAAGCGUCUCCUAUCGGCAGGUCACCAAAGGUGGACUCUUACUAGCAGCAUCAAACGACAUAAACCAGUAUUUUCCACAUCUGAACUUCACUGCCUAUUGGCUCUUUAUGGCCACUUGGGAUAAAGUGCCGUACUUUAAUGACUCGCAGUCGAGCUCAUCUUUUCAAGUUAUUUUGGUCUCUGGUGGCUCUCUGUCCUUUGUCAUGAUCAAUUAUGGAAACAUCUCCUCAACGAAUCAGAGGUUUCAGGCUGGCUACGGCACAAUGAACUUAACAAAUUAUUUUUCAGUCCCCAUUCUUACUGCAAAUAAGCUGUCCAACUCCAGCAAUGUCAAUAUGUCUGGACGCUGGGCUUUCCGUGUCGAUGGUGGACCAGAAGAGGGACUUUUCUACCCAUAUGGAGAUGAGGACAUAAAAAACCCUGCGGAGGAUUUUGGAAGUUCUCCUCUGAUCCCCCUGGCACAGCCAUUUGAUUACUUUGGGCUUAUUUAUAAUCAACUAUAUGUGAAUAACAAGGGGUACUUGACUUUUAUAGAACCAUUUUACCAGUAUUAUCCCAAUCUUUUUACUGCAUACUACUCAACCAGAGAUAUCAUCGCUCCACUAUGGACAGACAUUGACAUCACACGUAAAGGAGCCGUCUCUUACAGACAAUCCGGCUAUGACACAAUUGAUUCCACUGAUUUCUUUUUAAUUCCUGUCUCUGACCCCACAUCGCUGUCGUACACGAGCAAUGUCAACGUCUUGGGUCGAUGGGCAUUUCGAACUGACAACACAUCAGAAAACAAUGGUCUGUUUUAUCCGACUAGCUAUAAGGACUCUAAGCUUUACUGUCAAAGUAAUGCAGACUCACGACUUCUGUACUUGCGAUCUCCUUUCUUGUACUUCGGACGCAAAUACUACAACAUAUAUGUCAACUGUAAUGGAUAUUUGACAUUUAAUGAGUCAUUUAAUGAAGGAUCCCCUGUGGCUUUCCCAGCCAACUCUACUAGUGACAUCAUAGCUCCACUGUGGACAGAGUUUGACAGUAGUGUUGACACAAGCGUCUCUUACCGCAUAGUAACUCAAGGCCGUAUUCUGGACCGGGUGAUGACUGAAAUCAAACAGUAUUUCCCACUGUUUGGGUUCUCGGUGAAUAAUAAUGGAGACCUGACUUUUGAUGAACCACUUUACCAGUGGUAUCCUGAUUAUUUUCCUGCAUACUCGACUAGAGAUAUCAUCGCCCCUCUGUGGACAGAUAUUGAUAAUAGUUGGGAAGGAACCAUUUCUUACAGACAAGUAACAGAUGGUGAUAUCUUGAAUCGGGCGUCAAAAGACAUUAACCGAUAUUUUCCCAACUUGAACUUCUCUGCUUCAUGGGUUUUCAUUGCUACAUGGGAUAAAGUACCGUACUAUGGAUACAGAGAGUCAGAGUCAACAUUCCAAGUGGUUUUAGUGUCUGACAAAAAGCGGUCAUUUACACUUAUGCAUUAUGAUUAUAUCACUUACCACCAAUCUGCAGAGUCCGGCUAUGACACAAACGCCUCCACUGUUUUCUAUUCAAUUCCUGUUUCUGAUGUGACAAACCUGCCAUACACAAGCAAUGUCAAUGUCAAGGGCAGAUGGGUGUUUCCUGUUGACAACUCAUCAGAAGUCAAUGGAAUUUGCAACAAUACUAAUUCCCAAGCCUUAGAUGAUCAUCCCAGUGCUGCGGUGUGUGGAAUAAUCUCAGUUAACAGCAGCACUGAUAUAGUAGGAGGUCAGAACUCUUCAGCUUUUCACUGGCCAUGGCAGGCUAGUCUGUAUUGGUACAGCGGUCAAACAUGUGGAGGUUCUCUCAUCAACAAAGAGUGGGUGCUGUCUGCUGCCCACUGCUUUAAUGGGCACCCAAAUGGUGAAAGGUUUUAUUGGACCGUGUUAUUGGGACCCAAGACCCAGGAUAUGCUUGAUCCCAAUCGAGUCAGAGGUGUGAAGGCAGUCAUCAAACAUCCCUAUUAUAACCCUGUUACGAACGAUAAUGACAUCGCUCUGGUCAGACUGAGCUUUCCAAUUACCUUCACGGACUCCAUCAGACCCGUGUGUUUAGCGGCUGAAGGCAGUGUGUUCAACAGCGGCACAGAGAGCUGGAUCACUACAUGGACAAACAUCAGUGAUGGAGUGCUUCUUCCAUCCCCAAAUGUUCUGCAGGAAGUGGAGGUGCCUGUAAUUGGUAACCGACAGUGUAAUUGUCUCUAUGGAGUUGGAUCUAUAACAGACAACAUGAUUUGCGCCGGUCUGCUGAAGGAAGGCAAAGACUCGUGUCAGGGGAAUUCGGGGGGUCCGAUGGUGAGCAAUCAGAGCUCUGUAUGGGUCCAGUCUGGUAUCGUCAGUUUUGCCUCUGGUUGUGCACAAUCUGAUUUUCCCGGUGUGUACACCAGAGUAUCACGCUAUCAGGAAUGGAUCACCUUCUUUACCUGCAGCGAUCCUCCAGGUUUUGUGCAGUUUAGCUCCACCGAAGCAGAUCCUGACUACAGUUACUCAUGUCCUGGUCUUCCUCUUCUGCGUAACGCUUCAGCAGUUUUAGAACAGCAAAAACAAUCUUCGGCAACGUCUAUGUCACACAAUUAUUUGCUGUCAUAUUUUUGGUUCUUUUUAGCACAACCAUUUCUGUUUUAUUAAGUAAAUAUACCAAUGUUUUAAGUAUUUUCUGUAAACUGUUUAACAUUAGCUCAAAGUUUAUUUGUUUAUAAAAAGAAUGGUCAAAUGUGCUAACAUGAAAAAGCAUAUCAGGUGUAAGUAAAACAUGUCAAUUAAUUCUAGCACUUCAUAUUUACAUGCUAAUCAUUGUGGCAUUACACGAAACAUGGCAGCAACAUGCUAAUUCAUGUUAGCAACAUGCUAGAAACAAAAAACUAAUUAGCAGUGUGUUAAAAUGCUAGCAUGACGCUCAAACUACAUGUUCCAAAACAUGCUAGAAAGAAGCUAACAGCAUACUGAUCCAUUAAAGGAGCAUGUUAAAUGUACAAAAUAUGUACAUAACAGUGUUGUGUUUAUUCAUGUUAGCAAAUUGCUGGAAACAAGUAGUUAAUGUUAAUGUAUAUAGCGACUACUUAACAUGCACAUUUAACCUAACUAAGGCUUUUAAUUGCACUAUAAGCUGAAUAAUAAUUUUAAAAAAUAUUAUGUUCUGUCAUAUUAGCAACAUGCUACAUUUAAAAACAUGCUAGAAACAUUUAAACACGUUAGCAAUGUGUUAAAAUGUUAGCAUGACACUCAAACAUGCUACAUGUACUAAAACAUGCUAGAAACAAGUUAACACCACCGAUCUAUUAAAGCAGCAUGUUAAAUGUACAAAACAUCCUGGUAGCAGCCAAAUUUAUUCUAGUGUUGUGUUUAUUCCUGUUAGCAAUAUGCUAGAAACUUAGUAGUUAAUGUAUACAAUGACUAAUUAACCUACCUUGCAUAGUUAACCUAAUUAAGCCUUUGAAUUGCACUUUAAGCUGAAUAAUAUUGUCUUGCAAAAUAACUAGUAAAAUAUUAUGUACUCAUGUUAGCAACAUGCUACAUUUAAAACAUGGAAACAACUAAACAUUUCAGCAAUGUUUUAAAAUGCUGGCAUGACACUCAAACACGUUAUAUUAAAGCAUGCUAGGAACAAGCUAACAGCAUACUUAUCCAAUAAAGCAGCAUGUUAAAUGUACAAAACAUGCUGGUAGCAGGAAAAUUCAUGCUAGUAUUGUGUUUAUUCAUGUUAGCAAGAUGCUAGAACCAUGAAUGUAUACAGUGACUGAAACCAUGUAUAAUGCAUGUAUAUUUUACAAAUGGGAGUGGAUAUUUUGAGUCCUGGUAUUAUUGAGCUAGUUUGUUUGGUAAUUGGGGUUGUAUUGGGAUAAAUUUGUUUCAAAAAACCUGGCAACCCUGCAGAUACUCCAGUAAGCUGUGUGGGCUACUAUGUUUGGUGACUGCCUGUCACAGAACCUGUGCAUCUCCUUUUAGUUUUAAUUGUGCCCAUUAAAUCAAAUA